AUGCUUACUGCAGAGCACAAACAGAGGAGGGUCGAGUUGCCCCAGCAGUGUCUUUCCCGCUAUGAGAAGGAUGGUGAUGAGUUUCUGAAGAAGGUGGUCACAUGUGACGAGACAUGGGUUUGGCACUUAUCCCCCUCCUCACUCACUCACUCUCUCUCUCUCUCUCUCUCUCUCUCUCUCUCUAUCUAUCUAUCUAUCUAUCUAUCUAUCUAUCUAUCUAUCUCUCUCUCUAUCUGUCUAUCUAUCUAUAUCUAUCUUCUACCAUCUCUAUAUUCUCUCUCUCUCUCAAUCUUCUACCAGCUCUUCUCCCUCUCUUUAUAUUCUACCAUCCCCUCCCUCUCUCUUUGCUCUUCACUUUCUCUAUCUCUCUUUCUAUGUAUCUACCUCAGUCUAUUUCCUCUCUAUCUUUCUUUUCUCUCCAUUUCAUCUUCUUGUUUUCUCUCUUUUUCUCUUUCCUUCUCUUUUAUAUAUCUUCCUUUUCAUCUUACUACUUUCUUUCCCUUUGUUUCUAAAUUUCUCACUAUCUAUCUAUCUAUCUAUCUAUCUGACCCCGCUAUUUUCAUCUUUUUAUUUCUCUUUUCCUUUCCCUUUCUAUUAAAUUUUUCUAUCCGUCUCUCUUUAUUUCUUUAUCAUCCUUUCCAUUUCUCCUAUUUCUUUUCACCUCUUUCACUGUCAUGUUCUUUCAUUUACCUUUUUUGUCUUUUAUUUUACUAUUUAUUGUUCUUUCUCCUUCCCACUUACAAUUGUUUCUUCUUCUUCUUCUUCUUCUUCUUCUUCUUCUUCUUCUUCUUCUUCUUCUUCUUCUCUAUCUCUCUAUCUCUCUAUCUCCCUCUCUGUGCUUCGUCUUCUCUUUCUUUCUUCAUUUCCAUUCACUUCCCGCUGUCACUCUGUUAUUUAUUUACUUUCUUCUUUUUCUUUCAUUUUUUUUCAUUUUCAUUCACUCUAUACUUUUUUCCUCUUUUUAUUUUUCUUGCUUCUUUUUUCUUCAUUUUUCCCUCUCUCUAUUUGUUUUUUUUUUCUUUUCUUUUUCUUCAUUUUUUCUCUUCAUUUUCUCCCUUUCUUUUCCUUCAUUUUUCCCUCUCUGUGUGCUUGUUUAUUUUUCUCUUUCUUUUUUCUCAUUUUUUCCCUCUCUCUAUUUGUUUAUUUUCCCUUUCUUUUUCUUCUUUUUUCUCUUCAUUCUCUCUCUCCCCCUCUCUCUCUCACCCUCUCUCUCUCCCUCUCUCUCUCUCAAAGUCAACUACGAUCGUUUUGAAAAUUGUAAAACUUCACUUCCUAAGUAUUCAUCUCUAUUGCUAA